AUGGCUCAAGGCGAUCCACAGAAAUGGCAUUUGCCUGGAUGGCGGAUUGAACAAAGAUUUGCACCCGGUGUUCUAAUCGGAAACUGGUCCGAAGAGAGAUAUACCUUCAACAAGGGAGAUCAGAAACAUAAUAGUACACACAGAGCAGAUUUUCGUAAUUUCAAAGGACACCGUCCCGAUGUACUGGUAAGGAGAAAAGCCCUGUUGAAAAACAAUGGUCUUGGUCCAGAGCACAUAUUCUACCAUCAUGGUAAGCGGUACUGCAACAACACUGUGUCCUGGUAUGAUGAGCACUACAAUGGACGUUGGACAGAGAACAAUGAUCUGCCAGGAUUACGGGACUGGAAUAGUCACAAACUGUCAUGGGCACCAGAGAGAUCUGAUUAUCCCCUCCAAGGAAAACCAACAAAUUUCGGAUUGCUUGAACAACUUGAAAACAAAUGGAAAAAUCAAAUUGCUGAUGAAACUAGGGGAGACUACUUAUCAACCUACCAGAAUUCCUUUCUUCAACAUCCAACUGACAGUAUGGUGAAGGCAAGAUUUGCGAUUCCGAAAAAUAUGUCUACAAGUCUUCAUCCAGUCAAUAAAAUAAACAAAGAUCUACACCUCAGGAACACGUCCGUAUAUAAAUCUCCAGAAAAGCUUCCAGCUCUGGCAAAUGCGUAACAGUUGGAGCUUUAAGUAAAUGUUUUUCAUCAUUUUCGUGUUCAGUUUGGGCAUAAACUCAUUAUACAAAAUAUAUUGGACAUAAAGGGUCACUGUGUAUUGAUAUUGCUUUACUAGAAAAUGAUGGCAUUUGAA